AUGUUUGGUGUCCUGUUGUUCAUAUCCUACCUCAGCAGUUGGACCAAGGCUGUCUGCCCAGGAGAGUGCAGCUGUGGUCUGGACCCGAAGGGAAGGCGGAUGGUUCGCUGUACAAGGGGGUCCAUGUCUGGCAUCAUCCCAGUCGAAUAUAUGGAGUCCAGUAUAGAGGUGCUCAAUAUCACUGCCCCUGAGGCCCAGGAGAACUGGCUAACGAUGGGACCAGUAUUCCAGAGGUUCCUCAACCUAGAAGAGGUGCACAUCACCCGCUCCAACAUACCCGCCAUCGGCAAACAUACCUUCUGGGGCAGAUGCUCCCGCGAGCGGAGGUCAGCUGCUCACGGACGAGCCAUCAAGAUGAGUGAUGGCGGCAGUAGCGGGGAGAGAUGUUGCGGCUAUUUGUCACGAGAUAAAGAAGAGAAACAAACCGAGAAGAAAUAUGGCGACGAAGAGAGGACUAUGGGAUAG